AUGAAGACGUUCACUGCUCACAUGUCGUGCAUAUGGCGCUCCUUUGAUUGCAUUAAAAACCUCGACAUCGAUGUCGCAUCCCUAGCCGCGACUCGGCGCUCCGUCGCAGCCUCGCCUCCAAGCCCCGUCCUCGCCACGCGCCGCCCUGCAACUAGGCAGGGCAAGCCUACGGGCUGCGUUCGCCUGCUGAAAAUGAGCGCCAAAUGGAUGAUGGAAGAAGCGACAAGUUCAAGAACGUUUGAAAAUGUAACGGUUUUUAGAUUGGAUUCCCGUGGAAAACAGCAUAUAAUAUCGUACCAUAAAAUAAAUGUGUUGCAGGAAGACCAGAGGACACAUACAGAAGGACGGUCUUCAACAAGAUGGACAAGACUGGAAAAUGGUGGAGAGAGAUUUAAGGAACAGCGGGUAAAAGGUUUAUUGGUUAAGGGACCCAGAAAGUUAAUUGACCCUUCUCGUUUUAAGCUACGCACACCUAUGCUUCGGCCGAUCCCUUUCUGUCGAGAGAACAUCUGCCUCCUACGUUUGUCAGUUCCAACGGUGAAUGAAAUGGGAGAGAUUACGAAACAAUCAAGGGGCUUUGGCGAGAUACCUGCUCACUCCAGUGGCGUCGCGAGUAUUAGAAUGGAAUAUUCCAUUCCGCGUUUGGGGCGGGCGCGUGGAGUUAUCGGGCCGGAUGCUCGCGGCGCUCGGCCCCCGCCCCCGCCCCCGCCCGCGCCCCUGGGCCUUGGCUCACGGGGCGAGGCCGCGCGGGGGCGCAGCGGCGUCGGGUCUCGCAACGUGACCGACGCGACGGUUUCCCACAAGAGAGCCGCCGCCGCCGCCGCCGCCGCCGCCGCUCUUGGCGAGAUUAGCGCGCGCAUCUGUCGUUAUUUGCCAUCGCCCGCCCCGAUAAGGGCGAUCGCCCGUAGAUCGCCCGCGCGCCCGAUAAGGCAGCAGCGUCGGGGAUCAAUAGCUCCCUCAACGGCCCUCGGCCUAGCGACGGAGAACGGCGCGCAUCAGCAUUUGCCGCUGGAAAUGGUUCUGCAUUCAAAUGAGGAAAGUGAACCAUUGAAUUCCGAGGCAGGGAAGGAAGUAGCGGAAUUCAAAUUAGCGGAUUCAAUUCGCAACAUGGCUGACCCUCCACCCAAGGCCACUUGGGUAUGA